UUCCGGCAUCCGGGCCUGGGUGGGCUGGCUCUCCAGCCUAACAAGCGGCAUGGAGGGCCGCGGCGAGCCUCCGUCCCGCGCGAGCUGUUCGUCGUCCCCCCGGGACUCUUCGGCGGUCUCGGUGUCCAAGGAGCUGCUGACAGCCGGGAGCGGCGGCCGCGGAGGUAUAUGGGACAGGUUACUCAUCAAGCCCAAGCCGAACUGCAGAAAAAAUUCCACUCUUCAAACAGUGAGGAUAGAGAGGAGUCCCUUAUUAGACCAAGUACAGACCUUUCUCCCACAGAUGGCUCAGGCAAAUGAAAAGCUAAGAAAAGAAAUGGCAGCCGCACCACCUGGUCGUUUCAAUAUUGAAGAUAUUGAUGGGGCUCUUGGAAAAGUUAUACAAAUGGAUGUGGCCUUGUUUGAGAUGAAUCAAUCCGAUUCAAAAGAAGAGGACAGUUCAGAAGAGAGUUUGCAAGACAGCUCAGAGGACAGCUCAGAAUCUGAGGGAGAAGAAGACGGCACGUCUUCUGAAGUCACCAUAGAUAACAUUAAGCUUCCUCAUUCAGAAGGUGGAAAAGGCAAGAUCGAGGUUUUGGACAGUCCUGCCAGUAAAAAAAAGAAAUAGUAAAAUAAAUGAUCUCAGCAACAGGUGAUACAUGCCUGCUAGUUCUGCAGAAAACGAAUAUGGCUUGCUGGUGGUUUUGCAUUUCAGGUAUCUGUGGUGCUCCCCCUGCUUAUGUUCCCUCUCUCGCUGUGUCUCUCUCUGUCAAAUAAAUAAAUAAAAUCUUUAAAAAAAAAAAAAAA